CCUGGCUCGGGACGGCGCCAUGACACCCAGCCGCCAUGACACCCCGCCGCCCUCCGCGCGCACGUUCUCGGCGAGCCUCGCGAGAGCUACGGCGAGAGGCGAGGGACAAACGGCCUCGGUGUGUUGCCGCGCAACGGCAAACGGAGCGUUGGGCGCAGCACGGGCAUGGCCAAGCUGGUGCUGGCGGCAGUGGCUUCAGGAUGUUUGUAAAAUGAAUGGAUGGGAGCACAAAUGGUCUCCAAUCAUUUGGAGAGAACUGCUGGACCGUGGAGGCAAGGGUCUGCUUCUGGGAGGACUUAAUGAAUUUCUGGAACAUGCUCAGCGCUAUUAUGGCAUCACCUCAACGAUACCGACUGAGGAAAUUUUGGACAUCGCCAAGGAGAACCUACAAACAUAUGUGGAGUCUGAAAAAGAGCAAGAAGAGUUGAGAAGUCUUAUCAACCCUUUGCAGAUCUGGAUCACCAGUGCAUCAGCUCCAAUCUGCUGUCAGCUUAUCCCUCUGCUGGCAAGUGGUGAUGUGUUUGGAAUGACCACAGAAAUCAGUAUCCAUUUGCUUGAUACUGUCCAGUUUAAGGAGUGUCUUUCUGAUAUUGUAAUGGAGGUUGAAGACAUGGCAUUCCCACUCCUCCGUGGUAUUUCAGGGCACACUGAGUUGGAUAAAGCUUUUAUUCAAGCUGAUGUUAUCAUUGUUCUUGAUGAUAUCCUUCCAAAAAGAGACACCCAAACCCUUGAGAACUGCAUUAUAACAGUGUGUGAGAUCUGUAAAGUGUAUGCUCCCCUGAUCGAGAAUAAUGCCAAGAGUGGAGUCAGAAUAAUUUCAACGGGAAAAACAUUUGUAAACCUUAAGGCGAUGAUGAUUAUCACAUAUGGCCCAUCCAUUAAGCCUGAAAAUGUCAUUGCUGUUGCAACAUCCUGGGAAAGUGCAGCUAAAGCCAUGGUGGCCAGGAAGCAGAAUAUGAACCCAGCAGGCAAGUAUUUGUGUGUUCUGAGAGCAUUUGGGGUAUUCAGUGGCUAGGCAUCUUUGAGAGCA